UUUCAAUGAGAUAAGAUACAUUUUCAAUUUUCUCUUUUCAUUAUAAUACUUAGUAUUUACCUUUUUGGCCAUUCGUAUAUUUUAAGAAAAUUUUUAAAUUUAUACUAAACAUGCCUAUUAUGAAAGCUUUAGCUUCCAAUGUGGCUGUUCGCCGCUGGGCAUAUAAUCUUUCUGGUUUCAAUAAAUUUGGAUUACAUCACGAUGAUGUGUUGCAAGAAAAUGACGAUGUUAAGGAAGCAUUAAGAAGGUUACCAGCACACAAAGUAGAUGAAAGGUCAUUUAGAAUAAUGAGAGCAAUGCAGCUCUCUUUACAAAAAAUUGAAUUACCUAAAGAAGAAUGGACUAAGUUCGAAGAAGAUGACCGUUAUUUAAAACCAUACCUCGAAGAAGUUAUAAAAGAAAGAGAAGAAAAAGAAUACUGGGAAAAAAAUUACUAUUAGAACUUCAUAUUAUGUAAUAUUAAAAAUAAAAAAUCCCAUAGUCACAAUUAAAUUCUUACAACAGAUAUUACUAUUACUAUUAUUUUGAGUAUAAUGUUUUAAAAUUUGUAUUAUUAAACGCAAUAUAAUUUUA